AUGCCCUUGAAAGAUAAAACAUUAAAUACCAUAAACAGAAAAGAUCAUUAUCUUAGACCCCGUCCAAGCUCUUCUACAAAAAACUCCAUAAGUAAAACCUACCCAGAUUCUUCAGAAUCAGUUGCUAGUGCACUAGCUAAAUUUUUUUGUAUCUAUAACCCACGUUUAAUGACAAGUUGUGACUUUUUUAUCUGGCGAACUCACAAUCAAAUUUGCUUGCCUGUCAAAGACCGCCAGGAAGAAGUCAAUUUAUUUUCUAAUUUUUUACGAAAAUAUAGACAUGAAUGGUCAGAAGAGGAAAUAAAUAAUAUAAAGAAGCUAGAGAAGGAUUGCGAUACAGCAAAAUUUUUUCAACUUCGUCUUGUAGAUCCUCGUGCGUUCGUUGAUUGGUGCGAAAAUGAAUACAACACAACUCUUGAGCAGAAGAAACUUCUACCAAACAAACUUGUUGAAGGUGAUAUAAAAAGACAAGAAACAUUUAAAAUAUACAUGUAUUUGCAGACAAAUCCGUCGAAGUGGAUAAUUAAUCAUAAUAAAGAAUCCAUAGAUAUUGGAAGAGCAUUUGCUAGGACUAUUGUUUGGGAUGAAAUUAAGAUGCUUGAAUAUGAUAAUCCAAUACUAUCAUUUAUAAUAGAUUUAACUCAACCGCAGAAAAAUUUCCUACAUGCGAUUUCUUCUCCUAUAUUUGAAGAAGUAAUUCGUAUUCCUGAACAUUAUCUUAAGAAACCGUCACAAACCUUCGAGGAAUUAUUUAAUAAAUUCUAUUUGGAUAACAAAAGAUGGCGUUAUGAUGACUUUGGUUCAGAAGGAGCCGGAUUAUUGGCUUCUGAAUUCAGGAAGGAAGCUAAUUCAAGAAAGCCAGACUUCUGGGUUCUUAUGGAAGUAGAUAAUACUAUUCAAGAGAUACUUUAUAAAGAAAACUCCGGCGGUCCUUUUGUUAAUGAUCCUAAAAAAUUCAAAUCUGAUUUAUAUAAGCUAUUUCGACUGGGACGCGAUUCAAAACAAAAAUUGGAAGCUCAACUUAUUAACAAUAAUCUCCAAUUUUUAUUAGAUUAUGAAUCCUUGUAUGAAAAGUUAUGUAUGAUUGAGCUAUUUCUAAUACAGGCAUAUGAAACAAAUCUUCGUAUUUGUAUUAUGGAUCAACCUGCUCCUCCAUUGUGUCGUGUUCGUGAACUUUUCAAUAUUCCAAUACCUUAUAAAUUACCCGUAGACAGAAUUUCUGUUUUAUAUAUUUUGUUCACAAUCUUUGGAAAAUUCAUUUAG